UUCGUGUGCUAAAAGGCUAUAUAUAGUUUUGCGGAGUUAGUCAAUAUCUUGGAAAGGCGGAGCGUAACAUAUUAUGGCAAAUCCAAACUUCAAGUUCCUUCUGGUUGUCCCGUUCAUCCCCUUUCUUCUUCUUCAUAUUCAUCUCGGGAUUGCAAAAGCUAGUGAUCUGCAGAUGAGUUACUAUUCAACGAGUUGCCCGAAAGCGGAGGAGAUAAUAAAGGAACAAGUAACAUUGCUAUACGAGGAGCAUGGGAACACGGCUGUUUCUUGGCUUAGAAACCUUUUCCAUGAUUGUAUGGUCAAGUCAUGCGAUGCCUCUAUACUUUUGGACACGGUGGGUGGCACACAAUCAGAGAAGGGGUCACCAAGGAACCUUGGAAUGAGAAAUUUCAAGUAUAUUCAGACCAUCAAAGCUGCUCUCGAGAAAGAAUGCCCAAAUACUGUUUCUUGUGCCGAUAUUGUUGCUCUUUCUGCUAGAGAUGGUGCCGCUUUGUUAGGAGGGCCAGAUAUUGCAAUGAAGACAGGGAGGAUGGACAGCACAACAAGUUAUUUAGCAGAAGUCGAGAAUUUCAUCCCCAACCACAAUGACACCAUGGACGUAGUUCUGUCACAGUUCCAAUCCAUUGGAAUAGAUGCGCCAGGAACUGUUGCCCUUCUUGGUGCUCACUCGGUAGGCAGAGUUCACUGUAUUAACAUUGUGGAAAGGCUCUACCCCGACGUUGACCCGACGUUGGAUCCCGACUACGCCGAGUACCUCAAGUUGCGGUGCCCCAUGACGAACCCGGACCCGAGAGCCCUGGAACCUAAGUAUGCAAGGAAUGACCUUGAGACUCCUAUGGUUCUAGACAACAUGUACUACAAAGGGCUAUUGGAGCACAAAGGUCUAUUAGUAAUUGAUCAAGAGUUAGCCAGUCAUCCAGUGACCUCUCAAUUUGUUCAAAAGAUGGCAGUAGAUAAUGGCUAUUUCCAUGACCAGUUUUCUCGAGCCCUUCUCAUUAUGUCCGAGAAUAAUCCGCUAACAGGUGAUCAAGGAGAGAUCAGAAAGGAUUGUCGCUUUGUUAAUAGUAACUAAAAAGAUCAUUUUGUACCUAGCUACAAAGAGUUAUUAAGUGUUUGCUUUUGAGUAACUAAGUUAGACCUAUCUCAAAUAUAUAUGGAGAGCUCUUCUGUCCAAAUUAUGAUUGUCACAAUGGCAUAAACCUUUUUAAUUACUUUAAGGAAUAAACCUUUUUCACACUA